AUGGCAAGUGGGUCAAUGAAGGCUAUGGCAAGUGGGUCAACGCCGGACCCCGAGCGUCUCGACAGCAUCGUGCCAGACCCAUGUCCAUUGCGAAUGCCGAAGACAGGGACAGGUGCAGAGUCCCUUCCGGAGUUCCUUCCACUCGGGCACCGUCCAACCAUGAGGACCUUGCGUUCUGCACUCAACAACCUUGUGUUGGGGCGGUUGGUUGUGGAUGUCGAGAGCAUUCCUGAGGUGCCUCUCAACCAGGAAAAGUGCUGUCAGGCUUGUAUCGAUCGGCUCUGUGUCAUGCUUUUGCUACCCAUUGGCGUGGUCCUACACGGCCGACCUUGCUGGGUAAUGACUGUUCGCAGUGCCUCGGUGAUGACGUGCACAGUGCUGUGGGCAGCGUGCUUGUACUCGGCGAUUACUCGAGGAAGCACGGGGUGGGAAAGGAGCAGCCGCUGGCUACAUGUGUCGGAAGCAACUGCGAACCUGAUCCUCUUGUUGCUGAAAGCUUGCAGCGUUAGCUUCCACGAGUUCAAUUCUCAUGUGAAGGAGGCCAUGCAGUCCCAAAACAUGGGUCCAUCCCCAAAGUCGGCCAUCAAACGGCACAUCCUUGUGAUCAUGGCAUGCCUCACCUGGUGGAUGAUUGGCCAUGUCGCGAAGGUCCGACUUGUUGCAAUGAGCGGUGGGCAGAUGACAUGGCAAGUCGCCGUGUUGCCUUGCCUCCAAUGGCUUUAUCGUGCGGCUUGGGUUUUAUGGCUCCUGCGUUUGAACGAGUUUGUCAACGAGCUCGUGGACGCCUUCUGCCGGAGCUGCGCGAGUACCCCUGAAGGUGUUGACUUAGCCUACAUCCGCUGGGCUCGCAUCUCUGCUUUAGUCGGGCAGAUCACACGUCAUUGCCAGACAGUAUAUGGAGUCGUGUGUGUGACUGCGUUGACGGGUGGAGUUGCCCCCAUUGCGGAGAUAUUCAUGCCAUGCAGCUCCUCGCAGAGCAUCGACUGGAUGCUGCCGCAGCUCACAGCGAGCAUCGCGGCGUUCUGGUUGAUGGCAUAUGUCGUUGCGAGUGCUGCAGCGCUGACUGAAAAGUGCAAGAAGGCAGCUUCCUUUGUGAAUAGCUUGCAGGCUUGCUUACCCGGGCAAGGGAGGGCUGAGAUUAGGCGACUGGUCGGCUACAUGGAGAGCAGCGAAUCUGGCAUCUUCUUUGGGGGAUCCAAGCUCGAUCUCUCCUUGUAUUCAAAGCUGCGGUACUUGACCUUCAGUGCCUCGGUCUGCUUGGCCGUACGCUUCCAGACCCUGCCGGAGAAACACAAGGAUCAGCUCGCAGAACAGUGGGGCCGUUUCCUGCAUGCUUUGGCUGUGUGGGAGUGA